AUGUACAAGGUUGAUUUACCGGUAGACCGCUCGGCGGAUCAGGCUGUUCAGCGCCGGAUUGCGGCAGAAACUGCGCGCAAGGCUCGGAUCUACAACCCCCGGAGCCGCGUGAUGGGCCUGGACGUGAGGGCCCUGGACCAGCAGGUCUGGGAGAAACAACAUCAGCAGCACAUGGAGAGACAACGAGACAAGGCCUUUGAUGAGCUGAUGAGGAGGCAUGAUGAAGCGAUGCUGCAACAAGAGAGGGAUGAGAGUGAGAGGCGAGCAGCUUUGCAAGCAGACCUCACUUACCACUGGGCCACUCAUCAACGUGCUGAGGACUCCACGGAUGCUGAUCUCAAAUGCAACCUGAAGGGGGCGCUCAAGUUCCCUACUCCGGAGGCUGAGCUCGGGCCUGCCAGUAUGCAAAUCUUCCAGGGAGAGGGCAUAGGAGAGGAGCAAAAGAGGAGAGCACAAAUGCAAAAGACAGCGAGAGAUUUUCAAAUCCAAAAGGAAUAUAAUGAGAAAAGACGGAUGGAGGAUAAGCAGAAAGAGGUUCUCAUGGGCAAAGAGCUAGUACAUCAGGACCUAAGGGCGGUUGAGCUGGAUGCACUAGAGGAGGAGUGUAAGAGAGCUGCUCGCAUCGCACUUAGCAACUACAAUCAUGCUCUGGCUGCAGAGCAGGCAGAGAAACUGAAAGAGCGGCGUAUGAGAGAAGAAGGGGGAGGCCUUGCAGAGAUGUGGCACUUGCUGACUUCAGACAUGUUGACCGAGUGUCCAGAGGCGGCGGAGAGAGAGGUUGGCGGAGCUGGGCCACACAGGGUCCUGACAGACAGAUGGAGGGGGAUGAGUGCUGAGCAGCUGAGCGACAUCCACAGGAAAAGAGAAGAACAGCGCAUUGAGAGGCAGAGACAGCGUGAGGCUGAGAGGAUGCUGGAUGCUGCCUGGGACCUCCAGCAAAUGAAACUGUCCAGAGAGGCGGAGGAGGAGGAGAGGAGAGCAGCAGAACAGCGGAGACAGAAGAGGAUUCAGCUGGACCAGGAUAACAAGCAGCUGGCCAGAGAGCAGCAGGCAUAUCAGGAGUAUCUGAACAAGCAGCUGUACACCAACAAACCCACUGUGGACUAUUUCUGCCAGUUCAACACCAGCUCCCGCUGACUGCCUCAACCUUUCAUAUGGCCUUGUGUGUGC